AAAGUAAUAAAAGGAGACACAACUACAGACCAGCUACCAACCGCCUGCUACAGAGGAAUGGCAUCAGAUUGGAGAGACAAGAAGCUUUAUCCUUUGCUGGGCAUCCUUUUACUUUCCAUUUUCCUCUACUUCAAUUUGGGCAGUAAUCCCAUUACCUUUCCCAUCCUAUGGCAAUCCCAUAUGGGUUUCGUUUCUGCAAACUCCACGCAUUUCAUCAUCGUCAACCCCCGCGCUCCACUGGAGAACCAGUCAACUUUCUACAUCAACGGCUGGAACUCCUAUUGGCUAAUGCAGGAGAGCGUGUGGGCUGGUCCCUCCAGGUCAAGGGUGUCGAAGAUGCUUAAGAAAGGGGCGGAAAUGGGGUUGACCGUUUGCAGGACUUGGGCUUUUAACGAUGGUGUUGGACCUAAUGCCUUGCAGAUAUCUCCUGGUGUCUUUAACGAACGAGUCUUUCGGGGAUUGGAUUAUGUGAUUGUUGAAGCAAGGAAGCGUGGGAUUAGGUUGAUUCUAAGUUUGGUGAACAAUUUAAGUAACUUUGGUGGGAAAGCUCAGUAUGUGAGAUGGGCACAAGAAGCUGGACAUAAUGUUUCUUCUUCAACUGAUUCAUUUUUUUCACACCCUAUGAUUAAAGAUUACUACAAGGCCUAUGUCAAGGCUAUUUUGUCUAGAAAGAAUUCCUUGAGUGGUGUUAAGUAUGCUGAUGAACCGGCAAUAUUUGCUUGGGAGCUGAUGAAUGAGCCCCGUUGUUCAUCCAGUUCCUCUGCUCCCAUUCUUCAGGCAUGGCUUAAUGAGAUGGCUGCUUUUGUCAAGAGUCUGGAUCAGAAACAUCUAGUGACUGUUGGACUUGAGGGGUUUUAUGGCCUGAAUACAACUAAGGGACUGGAGGUUAAUCCUGGGGAAUGGGCAGCCUCACUUGGAUCAGAUUUUAUACAGAACUCAGCAAUUGAGAACAUUGACUUUGCUUCGAUUCAUGCAUACCCUGAUAGCUGGAUGCCCCAUGAUGAUAUGGAAGCAAAGGCUCGUUUUCUUUCCCGGUGGGUGGAUUCUCAUAUAAGUGAUGGGGAUCAUGUGCUUAAAAAACCGGUUAUCUUUACGGAAGUUGGCUCUUUGGUGCAUGCAGACAACCAAGGAUUAGCUGACAAGGAUAUUCUUUUAAAGACCAUGUAUGAAAAAAUUUACGAGUCGGCAAAGAAGAGACAAGCUGGGGCAGGGGCCUUAAUUUGGCAAUUACUAGUUGAAGGAGUGGGGGAAUAUAGUGACAGAUUUUCCUUUGUAGCAUGGGAUAAUCCUUCUACCUAUAAACUGAUACUAAAACAAUCAUGCAGGCUUAAAAGCAUUUUCGCAAAGAGCAUUCAGAGCCGGAAACUUAACAAGGAUCCAUGCUCUGGUAAUCUACCUUGACAACAGUUGAUUUGAAAACAUUUAUAACCUUACGCUUCAUAUGUAUAGAAAGUAGUGAAUGUUGGUACUUAAUAGUUGUAAAGAAAAGAAGAGAUGGAGAUAGGUUAAAAUGGAAGAAAUGUGAUGAUUCAGCUUUGAGAUUAAUAUAUUUAGAUUUAUUCAUUCAA